GCGCUGUAGCCUCUGUCAGCGUAAUAAAAUAAAUACUACGGAGACUCUCAUGGUUGUUCCUCCGCGUGUUGGUGUGAGGAGAGGACAUUGACAGCCACAGCUUCACAGAGAGUCAUUUUAAGUCAGACCAACCAACAGUACAGGUGGACGCAGCUCUCGUGGCAUGACUACCACAAACAAGGGAAACAAGGCCUUGAAGGUGAAGCGGGAGCCAGGGGAAAAUGGCACCAGCCUGACAGAUGACGAGCUGGUGACCAUGUCAGUGCGGGAGCUGAACCAGCAUCUACGGGGCCUGACGAAGGAGGAAAUCCUGCAGCUGAAGCAGCGACGGCGUACCCUGAAGAACCGGGGCUACGCUGCCAGCUGCCGGGUGAAGCGUGUCACCCAGAAAGAGGAGCUGGAGAAGCAAAAGGCUCAGCUGCAACAGGAAGUGGACAAGCUGGCCACAGAGAAUGCCAGCAUGAAGGUGGAGCUGGACGCUCUGCGUUCAAAGUACGAGGCCCUCCAGAGCUUUGCCAGGACUGUGGCCCGCAACCCUGUCACCUCAUCCAGGGGACCUAUGUCCUCCGUCAUAGGGCCCCUCAUCCCUGGUAAAGUAGCUGCCACCAGUGUCAUCACCAUCGUCAAAUCCAAAACGGAGGCUAGGUCGUAGUAGCAGAGAGGAUGGGAUGACGAUUUUCAAGACUAAACUAGUCAGUGCAUUGUAACAUGGCACAGGAUUGGCCGUGUAAAUUCUCAGUUUCACCCCAUGGCACUAACACUAACAAUACGCUUCCCCCAAUUCACUCUUGAAGUACAACUCAGCAGUCUGUACCUGUCAACAGACAUGUUGUGCUUCAUGGUGGCACAGGUAAUCGAAUUGUGUGAUUUAAAACAUCACAGUUGGUUAUCAAAGAAUGGUGACACAUUGGCAAUACUGAAACAUUUCAUUUAAAAAGCCAGCUGUGGUAACAGAUAUUCAAGAUGGCAAUAUUGGGUAGCUAAAAUAGAAUAGAAUAAAUGUUUUUUUUUCUAAUUACUGAGACUAAUGGUUCAUGGCAUCAAGUCAGACUGUUAAUAGGUUGUUGGUUUCUGAUAAGGUACUGUAUGUGAUGCGUCUGUUUUCUUUAAGACUAAGCUCUUAAGUAUUUUCCGUCCUAAGAAUUGGUUUGUUUGUAGUCUCACAACCAGUAAACUAACUAUUAGAUAAUACACACGAGAACAAGAAAAGAAAGAGCCAGCACUUAUCCCACAUUGAACCCCUUUGCUUGUUAUUAUGCACUGACUGAUAUGAGGGUAAAUAACACAU